GCUUCCUGGGAGAAGGCCCCCCUCGCCUCCUCCGCUGCCCAAAGUCGCGGGCCCUCCCCCUCCCCCUCUCCCCUAGGGCAGGAUUCCCUUUGUAAUUAAUCCCAACACUCAAACCAGAGGGGAGGAAAACGUGUUAAUGAGUGAGCGUCCCAGUCUGACUAGGCGGUCUUCGCUCACAGCUAGAACACCGAGUAAUUAAAUUAUUUUUGGAAGAAGGGGGGGGUAUGGUGUCAGGGAAAUACCGUAUACUUGGGAGGGGGGCCUGUCUCUUGUCACUAAUUAAUAUCAGGGAUGACCCUUUUCGCAGCUCUAGGCCGGAGGGGACCAAUCUUCCCACGUCUCAGAUUUCACUGGAGUUUGUGUGGCCAGGCUUGUGGUCCCAAAGAAGAGACUAUGGCCAGCAUCAGGGCCUAGGGGAAAGGUCUUCAAUCGGGGGUCGAAGAAGACAGCUCCAAGAGGGGCUGCGGGCUGGACCAAAGCCAAGAGCCGAGGCAGCAUCAAGCACACCUUCCUGGCCAGGUCUGCAAGCCAGGAGCGGAUUCCCAGGAUCCAGAGGGCGCAGGGCAUGGCCAGGCGCAGGGCUGGGGGUGCCACGACUCGGGGAAGAGCCGGGCCGCAGACAAUGGACGCAGCAGCGGGAGGGGCGGCGGCUGCGGGAACAGCCGGGAGGCGGCACCUGGGAGCUCUCUCCCCGCCCCCUGCCCCCUUCUGGUCCCCUCCCCCUCUGGUCCCCUCCCCCUCCGCCGCCGGCUCCAGAUCUGAUUCCUGAUCCCCGAUUGCUUGGUCCUGGGUCCCGCCAUGGGAGCCUGAGCGCCCUGCAGUCCCCCCCGGCCCCCUGCCCCCGGGGCCUCGAGGGGGAAACAGGCGAGUCGUCUGGGACGGAGCCGGGGUGAGCGACCUCAGGAGCCCCCCUCGUCAACCCCCAUCGCCCGCGCUGCCGGUUCUGGAGCGCGGAGUUCGGAAGGACCCGGUGCGCUGCGGAUACAAAGGCGCGGAGCGGAGCGGGGCGUGCGCCCAGUCCACCCGGCUGUUCGCAGCGGCGGGGAGCUGUCGCUUGAAUUUCUCUGAGAUAAGCCCACUCGUCCAGCAAAAUAGAGUCCCUCAGGGUGACGGUUGACUUCCUAAAGGUGCCUCUUGGCCUGAAGAAGCCUGUGCUGAAGGAGGUGGCUGUGGGGCCCCCCAAGAGGCCCCAGCCCGCGGCCCUGGAGCGCUACAAGGCACGGCGUUCGGACGCCAUGGACACCGAGUCCCAGUACUCGGGCUAUUCCUACAAGUCGGGCCACUCCCGCAGCUCCCGGAAGCACAGGGACCGCCGGGACCGACACCGCUCUAAGAGCCGGGAUGGGAGUCGUGGAGAUAAAUCAGUGACGAUCCAGGCUCCGGGAGAACCCUUGCUGGACAAUGAGUCCACGAGGGGGGAUGAGCGGGAUGACAACUGGGGAGAAACAACAACGGUGGUCACAGGCACUUCUGAGCACAGUAUCUCUCAUGAUGACCUCACGCGCAUCGCCAAGGACAUGGAGGACAGUGUCCCGUUGGAUUGUUCCCGCCACCUGGGCGUGGCGGCAGGGGCCAUUCUGGCACUGCUCUCAUUCCUCACCCCGCUGGCUUUCCUGCUGCUGCCCCCACUGCUGUGGCGGGAGGAGCUAGAGCCGUGUGGGACCGCCUGUGAGGGCCUCUUCAUCUCCGUGGCCUUCAAGCUGCUCAUCCUGCUGUUGGGCAGCUGGGCUCUGUUCUUCCGCCGGCCCAAGGCCUCACUGCCCCGAGUCUUCGUGUUACGAGCUCUGCUCAUGGUGCUUGUCUUCCUACUGGUUAUCUCCUAUUGGCUCUUCUACGGCGUGCGCAUCUUGGAUGCCCGGGAGCGCAGCUACCAGGGCGUGGUUCAGUUUGCCGUUUCGCUAGUGGAUGCUUUACUCUUCGUGCACUAUCUGGCCGUAGUUCUGCUGGAGCUGCGUCAGCUCCAGCCCCAGUUCACACUCAAGGUCGUGCGAUCCACAGAUGGGGCCAGCCGCUUCUACAAUGUCGGCCAUCUCAGCAUCCAGCGAGUGGCAGUGUGGAUCCUGGAGAAGUAUUACCAUGACUUCCCUGUCUACAACCCCGCCCUCCUCAACCUGCCCAAGUCCGUCCUGGCCAAGAAAGUGUCUGGCUUCAAGGUGUAUUCUCUCGGAGAGGAAAACAGCACCAAUAACUCCACGGGCCAGUCAAGGGCCGUGAUCGCGGCUGCGGCCCGGAGGCGCGACAAUAGCCACAAUGAGUACUACUACGAGGAAGCUGAGCAUGAGCGCAGAGUGCGCAAGCGCAGGGCCAGGCUCGUGGUGGCUGUGGAGGAGGCCUUCACGCACAUUAAGCGGCUGCAGGAAGAGGAGCAGAAGAACCCCAGGGAGGUGAUGGACCCCCGGGAAGCAGCCCAAGCCAUCUUUGCAUCCAUGGCUCGUGCCAUGCAGAAGUACCUUCGCACCACCAAACAGCAGCCUUACCACACCAUGGAGAGCAUCCUUCAGCACCUGGAGUUCUGCAUCACCCACGACAUGACGCCCAAGGCCUUCCUGGAGCGAUAUUUGGCCGCUGGACCCACCAUCCAGUACCACAAGGAACGUUGGCUGGCCAAACAGUGGACCUUGGUGAGUGAGGAGCCGGUGACCAACGGGCUUAAGGAUGGCAUCGUGUUUCUCUUAAAGCGCCAGGACUUCAGCUUGGUCGUGAGCACCAAGAAGGUGCCCUUCUUCAAACUCUCGGAGGAAUUUGUGGAUCCCAAGUCACAUAAGUUCGUCAUGCGGCUGCAAUCAGAGACCUCUGUGUGACUUUGCAGCAGCCGGGAGGAGGGAUGUGGGGGUCCUGCAGAGUGGAAGGGGCUUGGUUCUCUGGCCCUGACACAUUUCUGCCAGUCCUACUUCCUCUUGCUCUUGUUUGGUUUUGUUUUUUUGUUUUUUGUUUUGUUUUGUUUUUUUUUUUUACUUGAAUUAACUUAUCCUGUACCCAGUCUCCUCCCCUCUUCCUUAGUUUUUCCCGUCUGGAAAUCUGGAGAGAACAUCUUGCUUUAACAAUACCUGGGAA